UGGUGGCACUUGAUCUUGCUGCCGCCCCGCCACACCGCCGCGCCACCACCUGAACGAGAAACAUGGCCGACGCAGUUCAAUAUGUGAUGGAAAAGAUGAUUCCAGAGCUGGAAGAUCUCCAACAUCUGCAGAUCUUCACCAAGGAUGAGGUCCGACAGAUUGUGCAGAAGCGGCGUGACUUUGAAUACACGAUGAAGCGGACGCCGUUGCGUAAAGUGGAUUGCUUGCGUUAUAUUGAGUACGAGCUCAACUUGGACGCACUCCGCCGCCAGCGCAAGAAACGCAUGGGUCUGACCAAACUGUCUCUGAGUGACCACUCGGGCAUGCAACGUGUGCACAACAUCUUUGAUCGUGCGUUGAUGAAACAUCGUGGUGAUGUCGACUUGUGGCUGCAGCACAUUGCGUUUUGCAAGAACACUGGCAGCUCCAAGCUCUUGUCCAAGCUCUUCACCAAUGCACUGCAACUGCAUCCUCGCAACGAAGCAAUUUGGAUCGAAGCGGCUGCUUGGGAGUUUGCCACCAACCUGAACGUCGACUCGGCUCGAGUGCUGCUCCAACGGUCCAUUCGUAUCAACCCGCACUCGCAAAAGCUGUGGCUCGAAUACUUUCGUCUCGAGUUCCUUUAUGUCCAGAAGCUUCGCACGCGUCGAGAAGUGCUAGGUCUGGACACGGAGAAGACCAAGCCCAAGGAAUUGUCCUUGGACAUUGCCCCAGUGGAUGGGGAAGAUGCCCCAAUUGACGCUACCACGGACUCGGAAUCCAGCACGGAAAAAUCCCGUCAAGAGAUCCUCCAGGGCGCGAUUCCCAAGAUUGUCUUCCGCAACGCUAUUCAAGCCAUCCCACAAAAUGCGGCGUUCCGACUGGCAUUCAUCGCCAUUUGCAACCUGUUUCCGGCCACGUAUGGCCAUCCCGUGGCCAAGUUCAUCUUGGAUUCGACCCUCGCGGACUUUCCCAAUGAUGCCACCGUGUGGAGCUCCUUCUGUGAACAAGCCAUGCACGAAAGCGACAGCGCCGACGUCGAUUCCCGCCGCAAGGUCGCGCUGGAGCGCUUUCAACAAGCCAUCACGUCCACUGUCGACGCCGACGCGAUGCGCAAUGCUUUCAUGCAUUGGUGUGUCUCUGAAUUGGCUCGCACGCCCAGUUCGCCUUGGUUUGGUGCCGAGAUGGCCAAAACCAUUGAAACGCUGGGCCCGCUAUCAUCAACGCUGUACGCCGUGUACAUUGACUACACCCUUCGCGUGACGGGGCUAGAGGCCGCCGUGGCCGUCGCCGCCAAAGCCACCGCGGCGUUCCCUACAUUUGGCACCCUCUGGCAACUGCGAGCUCAACUAGUGCUUCGUCUCGCGUCCGUCCAGCAAGUCCAAGUGCCGACGCCAGCUUCGAAGCGCGCCAAGAAACAACCGACGUCAUCCUCCUCCUCCGUGUACAAGACGGCGUUGACCGUCGUGGAGCAAGGGCUUCGUGUGGCUACAGUCGACACGGACGGCUUGUGGCAGCGCCACGUCCAGCUACUCCUGAGCCAGGGCGGGACCAGUUCGCUCGGGCGCCAGAAAAACGCUUUUCACCGAGCGCUCAAGGCGGCGACGCCAUGGACAGCGGCGUGGUCAACGCUGCGCAUGCAAUUCCUCCAGUGGACCCUUCGCACGCAAGGCGUGGAGGCGGCGCGGACGCUGUACAAGAGCUUCCUCAACGGUCAGAUGCUGCCGCAAGCAGACACGCUGGCGUUGCUGCGGUGGUGCGUGCUGGUGGAAGCCGCGCAAGAAGUGACGCCUGCGGCGAACGCAGCGGUCAAAGGGCUUAUGGAGAAGGUCGUCGACUUGUUUGGCCAAACCGACGAAGAUGUGUGGGUUGAGUACGUGCAAUUCUACCGCGAACGCGGUCUGCACAAGGAAGCCAACGACGUCCACUGGCGCGCCACGCGCGUGUUCCCGUCGUCCACGGCACUCGCGACAUUGCAAGAGUUGAAUUAAAAGAGGAUAACAACGCUCUAUGCAUUGCAUGCUUUUCAUUCGCGUGUCUGUCUUGGGGUGUGGGUUGUAUGAGUGUCGAUAAGGGAUGCGAGCUAGCUCCUUCGAUUUCACUUGAAACACAUGUAGUCAUGGCAUAUAGGUGGAUUGAGUUAGGUAAGGAUCGUGGCUGGUGUUUAUCUGGCUUCAAAUUGGAUCAGCCGCUUGGUGCGCGCCUUGUACAUGAUGCGGUACCCGCACGCACGGCAUCGAAUGGGGUCACGGGCGGCAAGGUAAUUGACAAUGCCGCAGUCCCCGCAGAUGUAUUUGAUUUCAGGGUCCUUCAGCAUGGCUGCAGAAGAGCCGUACUCGCCGGCGGUGCCGCCCGGCGUCGGCGCUGGUGUCAUGCUUCCGUCCAUGUGGUUGGGUGGUGGCAAAU